AUGUUCCUCUCCAUCAGUGUCAUUCUCACGUUAUGGGUUUCCACUGUUGGAGGAGAAGUGGGACUUUGUGAUUUUCCACAAAUAAACCAUGGAAUUCUGUAUGAUGAGAAGAAAUAUAAGCCAUCUUUCCCAGUUUCUACUGGGAAAUUUUUCUACUACUCCUGUGAAUACAAUUUUGUUUCUCCCUCAAAAUCCUUAUGGACUCAAAUAACAUGCACAGAAGAAGGAUGGUCACCAACACCAAAGUGUCUCAGAAUGUGUUUUUUUCCUUCUGUGGAAAAUGGUCAUUCUCUAUCUUCAGGAAAAACACACCUAGAAGGAGACACUGUACUAAUUCUUUGCAAUCGUGGCUACAGCCUUCAAAACAAUGAGAAAACCAUCUCAUGUACAGAAAGGGGAUGGUCCACUCCUCCCAUGUGCAUUUCUACCAAUUCUGUGGGAAAAUGUGGAUCUCCUCCACCUAUUGACAAUGGAGACAUUACUUCAUUCCCAUUGCCUGAAUAUGCACAACACUCUUUGGUUGAAUAUCAAUGCCAGUCCUUGUAUCAACUUCAGGGAAACAAGAAAAUAACAUGUAGAAAUGGAGAGUGGUCAGAACCACCCAAAUGUUUAAAUCCAUGUGUAAUAUCUGAAGAAAUUAUGGAACGUCAUAACAUAAUGUUCAAGUCAAUAGGAAAGCAAAAGCUUUACGUACCAUCAGGGACAAUGGUUGAGUUUAAGUGCAAACAUGGAUAUGUUCAAGCAACAUCUAAACCAUUUCAUACAACGUGUUAUGAUGGUAAACUGGAGUUUCCCACGUGCAGAAGUUAG